AUGAAGAAGACAGACCGUGGCGGGACAAUACCUUACUGGCUGGGAUCUGUCCAGCUUGUGGCGGGCGAUAGCUGUCCAAUGAGAUCCGAAAAUCUCUCCCACCAACGAGAACGACCCCUGGCACUGCGCUCUACGCCAAUGGAGUGUUUCUUUUACUGGUUCGUUUAUUUCUAUGAAGAGUUGUUUCCCCUUUCUUUGUCAUUUCUUUUCUUUUCCUCUCCUCUCUCUAACUUUACUCAUUUGCAAUGCUGUGACUUUAAAUCAACAUUUUCUAUACUUACAAUCUUUCACAUUUCUUUCGAAUUUUCUUUCAUAAUUUGCGGAAUGUUGUCUUUCCUUCAGCUUUUAUUCUUUCCUUUUUUUAUCUAUUUUUCUUUCGAGUUUCUUUUGACCAUUAGUUUUAAUUUUUUAAAAAUUUUCGUUAUUUCUUUCAUUGCUUCUAUAUUUAUUCGUCUUUUUUAUUCUUUUCUUUUUAAGUCCUUAUUUCCUUUUUCAUCCCUCUGGAUAUUUUAG